AUGUGUCCUCUGGCAGUUCCAAGCGCCAGAUACUUGGCACAGGAACCAAUGCACACGGGCAAGCCGUACUUGUCGAUUUGUUGUGGCGAUUCGAGCAGUCUGGCUGUUAUUUUCUUGAGGGUGACAAAUUGGAUAGGGUCUGUAUUUCCGGGCAGUUUGACAUUAUCGGCAGAGGAAACCCAGUCGGAGGACUCUUCACAAGCCAAUUUGUGGCCGUGCCGACCAGCUACUCGCGACUCGAGCCGCAAGUCCAGAUUGAACGCCAUUGAUUUGUCCAAGAGUAACUAUAAAUGA